CCCUCGGGCGCAAGAUGGAGCUGGGCGCCGCCGGCGCCGUUCCCGCCUCAGCGCUGUGACGGCGGAGGGCCGUUCCCGCCCGCAGCCCCUGUGGGGACAUGGCGCCUCGGCCCCUUCCUCACCUCCUCGUUCUGCUUCCAGCCGCUCCCCACAGAGGUCAGCAAAGUGAUAGGUUUGGUCUCUCCGGCUGUUAUCUGCAGCCCCAGCAGGUCUCGUGCAAAUACAGCCACACCGAAUCCAUUGUCUCCUAAAGAUACGACAGUGUGACAGUGUCGUAAAGGAGCAAGCAAUGCCUGACUGUGGUCUUCUGGAUCUCAGCAGCCCUGCCUGCAUGCCUCCUCCUACGCUGUUUCAUUGGCUCUCGGCAUUUGACUGGAUCCACUGCUUAUCUGGCCCCCUUGGUGGUCUUUCCUGUACUGAAUUACCUUCAUAAGGCUCUGGCUGUGUGUUGAUGUGAGGGGAUGAAUCACUGGCUUCACUUUCUUGCAAGACAGACAGGAGUUGCAAUCGUCGUCUCGCCAGGAAUUAAAAAGCUGCAAGGAUUUUUAAAGAUAAAGCUAUUUGUCCUUGUCUGUUUUGAAGGCCAGUAAAAAAGAUUAUAUAUAAAAAAAGCAAGGUCAGCAGAACCAUGACUGCAAAAAACAAUCAGCUUGAGAUCUCUUCUUUCUGGUUUAACUUCACACUGAGCUGCAGACUUACACAGAGAACAACAUGGAUGUAAGAAAGGAGACAGCGGCUGAGGAUGAUGGAGACAGCAGAGGAGAAGGCGCGGCCCAGCACCAGGAUUUGUCCCCCCCACUGCUGCCCACCCCAGCUGCUGCUGCUGCUGCUGGUGACAGUGACACUGAUGCCAAAGGUGCACCCAUAUGGCUUUCGCAACUGCAUUGAGGAUGUCAGGGCAUCUUUGCGCUUCCGCUGCAUCCAGCGCUUCCUGGAGUCGCCGGCCCUGGCAGUGUCUGACCUGCCACCACAUGCCAUCUCACUCAAUCUGUCAUACAACUUAAUGCGCUGCCUGCAGCCCUCUGCCUUUGCCCGCCUGCCACGGCUGCUCACCCUGGACCUGGCCUACAACCAUCUGGAGACCCUUUCCCCUGGUGCCUUCAAUGGAUUGGGUGUGCUGGUGAUGCUGAACCUGUCUCACAAUCGUCUGACCACACUCGCCGAAGGGGUGUUCAACAGUUUGGGCAACCUGUCCUCGCUGUGGGUACAGCAUAACCCCCUGAGCACGGUGUCACCUGGUGCUCUGCUCCCCCUGCUCAACCUGCGCCGUCUGUCUCUGCGGGGCGGGCAGCUGAACGGCUUGGGGGCGGUGGCAGUGGCGGUGCAGGGCUUGGCACAGCUGGAGCAUUUGGAUCUAUGUGAAAACAACCUGACAACGCUGGGGCCAGGCCCACCACUACCCGCCUCGCUGCACACCCUGCAGCUGUGCAACAACUCGCUGGGGGAUUUAGCAGGGGGGAGCCCAGAGAUGCUACGGCAUGUGAAGAUACUCGACCUCUCCUACAACAGUAUCUCACAGGCGGAGGCCUUCGCCCAGCUCCAGCUGCACAACAUCAGCCUGCUCCAGCUGAUGGGCAACCCCUUGGAUGUCUUCCGCCUGUUGGACAUCUCUGACAUCCAGCCUCGCAGCCUGGAUUUCUCUGGGCUGGUGUUGGGGACUCAUGGGCUGAAAAAGGUGUGCCUGAGGCUGCAGGGUCCCCGGGCCUUGCAGCGGCUGCGGCUACAACGCAACGGGCUGAAGGUGCUGCAGUGUAAUGCGCUGGCGUCGUGUCCUGUGCUGCAAGAGCUGGACCUGUCCUGGAACCGGCUGCAGCAGGUGGGCUGUGCUGGCCAGCUGCUGGGCAAGAAGCAGCAGGAGGAGCUGGAAGUGCUGACAGUGGAGCACAACCUGCUGAAGAAACUGCCGUCUUGCCAGGGGGCCCAGGUGCUGCCACGGCUGUACAACAUUUCCUUCCGCUUUAACCGCAUCCUGACUGUUGGGUUCCAUGCCUUCGCCUACGCCCCGGCCCUGCAGGUGUUGCAGCUCAAUAUUAACAGUCUGGUGUUUCUGGACAGGCAGGCACUGCGGGGGCUGCACAACCUGACAGAGCUGCGUCUGGACAACAAUCUGCUGACCGAUCUCUACAACAACUCCUUCAUUGACCUCCACAGCCUGCGCACCCUCAACCUGCGCAACAACCGUGUCUCCGUCCUCUUCCCCGGUGUCUUCCAGGGGCUGUCUGAGCUGCAGACGCUGGAUUUAGGGGGCAACAACUUGCGCCACCUGGCCUCACAGUCACUGCAGGGACUGUCCAAACUGCGUAGGCUGUACCUGGACCGCAACAGACUGUUGGAGGUGAGCAGCAGAGUGUUUGCCCCGGUGCAGGCUACCCUGGGGGUGCUGGACCUGCGGGCCAACAACCUGCAGUACAUCUCACAGUGGCUGCACCAGCCACCACCCUUCCGCUACCUGAGCAGCCUGUACGACCUUAAGCUGCAGGCGCAGCAGCCCUAUGGGCUGAGGAUGCUGCCUCACCACUUCUUCCAGGGCUUGGUGGAGCUGCAGUGGCUGUCGCUGUCGCAGAACAUGCUGCGGGCCAUCCCACCAGAUGUCUUCGAGGACCUGGGCAAGCUGCGCUCCCUGACAUUGGCUGACAGCAGCAAUGGGAUACAUGACCUGCCUGAGGGCAUCUUCAGAAACCUGAGCAACCUGCAGUUCCUGGACCUGGAGAAUGUAGGUCUGCACUCACUCACUCUGGAGGUUUUUGGCAACCUCAGCCAGCUGCAGGUGCUGCGCUUGGCCAGGAACGAGCUGAAGACCUUCAAUGCCAGUGUUGCCAGCCGGCUGUCCUCCUUGCGCUACGUGGACCUGCGCAAGUGUCCGCUGAGCUGCACCUGUGACAACACGUGGCUGCAGGGCUGGCUGAACAACAGCCGUGUGCAGGUUGUCUACCCCUACAACUACACCUGCGGCUCACAGCGCAAUGCCUACGUCCACAGCUUUGACACACGUGUCUGCUUCCUGGACCUGGGGCUCUAUCUCUUCGCUGGGACUGCGCCGGCAGUGCUGCUGCUGCUGCUGGUGCCGUUGGUGUACCACCGCACCUACUGGAGGCUGAGGUACCACUGGUACCUCCUUCGGUGCUGGGUCAACCAGCGGUGGCGGCGGGAGGAGAAGCGCUACCUGUAUGACAGCUUUGUGUCCUACAAUUCGGCUGAUGAAAGUUGGGUGUUGCAGAAGCUGGUGCCUGAGCUGGAGCGUGGCGCCUUCCGACUCUGCUUGCACCACCGUGACUUCCAGCCGGGCCGCAGCAUCAUUGACAACAUCGUGGAUGCUGUCUACAACAGCCGGAAGACGGUGUGUGUGAUGAGCCGCAGCUACCUGCGCAGCGAGUGGUGCUCUCUGGAGGUGCAGUUGGCCAGCUACCGGCUGUUGGACGAGCGGCGUGACAUCCUGGUGUUGGUGCUGCUGGAGGACGUGGGCGAUGCUGAGCUGUCUGCCUACCACCGCAUGCGACGGGUGCUGCUGCGGCGCACCUACCUGCGCUGGCCUCUCGACCCCACAGCCCAGCCGCUCUUUUGGGCACGGCUGAAGAGGGCACUGAGGUGGGGAGAGGGAGGAGAAGAGGAGGAAGGAGAAAGUUUGGGUGGAGGAGCAGGAAGGCCCAGGGAGGGAGACAAGCAGGUGUAGUGGAGGUGUCAGCUGGCUGUAGGAUGGAGGAAGAUCAGCCGUAGGGUGGAGGACAACAGCUGGCCAAAAUGUGAAAGAGAACCAUCCAUAGAGUAGAGGACAACAGCUGGCCAAAGGGUGGAGGAGAACCAGUGAUAGGCUGGGCAGCAACUAUCCGUAUAGACAACCAGCUGUAGGAUGGGGUGCAACAGCUGCCCGUACAGAAGACUACAGUUGACCGUAGGGUUGAGGAGAACCAGCCAUCAGAUGGGGGACAACUGAUCAUAGGGUGGAAGACAACUAGCUGUAGAUGGGAGAAAAGCUGUCUGUAAGAUGGAGGACAUCCAGCCGCAGGGCUACAGAGAGGAAAGCAACUGGCUGUGCAGAGGAGGAGAAGCAACCACAGAGAGAACCACAACAGGGCUUUUCUCAUCCCAGAAUGCCAGGUUUCCAUCCCAAAGGACACCAGAAUGGCCUUUCUCGCUCCAGAUACUCAGAUCUGCCAACUCAGAUGACUGUCGAAAUUCUUAUGUACUGUAGAAUUAGAUUCUGAGAUUCCCCUCCAAACAGGCCCAAGAACAACCUUCCUCGCUCUAGACUGUUACCCUCAAACUGGCUUUUCUUUCCUCGAAAUGCUUGUACCCAUCCCAAAGGACCCCCAAAGUGCUCUUCUCCCCCAGAGCAGAGUUUCUGGGAUCCCACAAGGCAUUGCCCCCCUGGGGUGCAGCAGGCUCUGUUGUGCACAGACAGGGGUCCCCAAUAAAGCGAGGCUACUCCGCUUCA